AUGGAGGAAGAUGAACUUUGCUUUCCACAAUUUACCAACUUGUCCUGUAGAAAACUAUACCGUUCUCAAUUUGAAAAAGUUUUGGUUUCCUUUAUAUUAUGCUUUAUUUCUGUGAUCACUGUGUCUCUCAACCUGCUGGUCAUCAUCUCCAUUUCUCAUUUCAGGCAGCUUCACACCUCCACAAACCUGGUCCUCCUGUCUCUGGCUGUGUCUGACUUUUCUGUGGGAUUCCUAAUUCUAUUUCAGCUCAUGCUCAUAGAUGGAUGCUGGUAUCUAAAUGACUCAAUGUGUGUUUUAUACUAUAUUUUAGAUGUAGUUGUUACCUCUGCCUCAGUAGGAAACAUGGUACUCAUAUCAAUUGAUCGCUAUGUGGCAAUAUGUGACCCUCUACACUAUUCUCUAAAAGUCACUCCAAAAAGAGUCUGUGUGUGCAUUUCAUUGUGUUGGAUCUGUUCUCUCAGUUAUGUCAUCAUAGUACUAAGGAUGAAUUUUAAACAGCCUGGAAGGUUUAAUUCCUGCUUUGGAGAGUGUGUGAUAAACGUUGGCUUUACUGAACAAGUUACAGAUCUUUUUGUAACCUUCAUUAUUCCCAUUACUGUCAUCAUAGUCCUGUAUGUGCGAGUGUUCCUGGUGGCUGCAGCUCAGGCUCAGGCCAUGCGCUCCCAUAUUGCAGCCAUCACACAUCAACAUUCAAGGAAAAUAACUGUUAAGGAGUCAGAGAUGAAAGCAGCCAAGAUUCUUGGAGUUGUUGUUGUUGCGUUUCUGACGUGUCUGUGUCCAUAUUUCUGGGUUACACUUGUAGGACAAGACACCCUACUAAAUGCUUUGACUUCUGCAUUUGUAACAUGCCUGUUUUAUUUUAAUUCUUGUCUAAACCCUCUCAUCUAUGCCUUUUUCUACCCCUGGUUUAGGAACUCUAUAAAAUACAUUAUUUCACUUCAAAUACUGAAACCUGGAUCCUGUGAUGCCAAUAUACUUUGAACUGACAAUAAAUAUUGGUUGAAGGAAGGCUUUCAUUUAUUUAUUUUAUUUUAUUUUUUAUAAAAAUCAAUCAACUUUGUGUAAUCAAAUGUAAUUAUUCGGUGGCCUUUUUAUUUCAUAUUUUCAGUGACUUAAAGCUUUUAAGUGACCUAAGUAGGCAGUCUUAGAGAAUUAGACACUUGACAAUGUAAGUCUCUUUAAAGGUGAAGUGUUUGGUAAAAUUGAUGUUUUUGAGUUUUACAAUAUGUUAUAA